CCAUAACAAAUUAUGUUUCUGUUUUGUGGCAGGGAGUGAAGACUCAUUUGAAAUAAACAACACAACUGGAGCCAUUUCUGUUGUUACAAACCCAAUUAAACUGAAGAAAGAAGUGUAUGAACUGAAAGUUAAGGGAGCGAACGCCAAGUUCAACCUCCGCCUUGUUGGGCCUGGUGGAAUCUUCCGUGUCGUUCCUCAGACCGUCCUGAAUGAAGCGCAGGUCACCAUAAUCGUAGAAAACUCUGCGACCAUAGACUAUGAAAAAUUCCAGGUUUUAUCCUUCAAGCUUCUUGCGAUAGAAGUCAACACUCCUGAGAAGUUUAGUUCAACAGCUGAUAUCGUGAUACGUCUCUUGGAUACCAAUGACAACGUCCCAAAGUUUUCGUCAGAGUACUACAUCGCACGGAUCCCAGAGAAUUCUCCUGGGGGCUCCAAUGUCGUGGCUGUAACAGCAACAGAUCCAGAUUCUGGACUUUGGGGUGAACUGAAAUAUUCCAUCUACGGAGCAGGAGCAGAUCUAUUCCUGAUCCACCCAUCUACUGGGCUUAUCUAUACCCAGCCAUGGGCCACAUUAGAUGCUGAGGUCACCUCCAAGUACAACUUCUACGUGAAGGCAGAAGAUACAGAAGGGAAGUACAGCUUGUCGGAAGUCUUCAUCACCGUGCUUGAUGUCAACGACCAUUCUCCGGAGUUCAACGGGAACAUCCAGGAGAAAACCAUGAUUAUUGGAUCGCCAGUGAAAGUGGAGGCGAUCGACCAAGAUGCAGAAGAACCCAACAACGUAGUUGACUACUCCAUUAUGCAAGCAGAUCCGGCCGACGUCUUUGACAUAGACCAGAGCACGGGAGAAAUAAAGCUGAAAUCCUACAUCCGAUCCUUGGACAUCAUCCACAACAUCACCAAUAACAAAGACUGCAUAUGGUCAGUGGUCGUACAGGCUAAAGAUCGGGGCUCUCCUUCAUUUAGUACCACCGCCGUUCUGAAGAUUGAUAUCACAGAAGAGACUCUUCACAAAGGGCCUAUAGCCUCCUUUUUGAUGCAAACAAAAGAUAACCCCUUGAAAGCCUUAGGAGUUCUAGCUGGUCUCAUGGCAAUGAUGGUGAUGAUCACCGUCAUAAUCUCCACCGUCAUCUUCUGGCGCAAUAAGAGGUCCAACAAAGUCAUGCCGGUGCGACGGAUCAUUAGAAAAAGACAGAACUAUCAACCGCGGACGGUCAGGCUGGACUGGCUGAAAUUCAAGAGUUUUGCCAGCGUUGCCCAGAGGUUCACCAUCCAAGAAGAUGCCAAGACCCUGCAGAACGAGAACAGCAACAACAACUUGCUCCACGUGCUGCCCCCUUCACCGCCGACUGCUCCGGUCCCGCCUCCUGCCCCUACGUUCAAGCCGAGCCUCUCUGAAUGGAGAGUGCCCACCGUGUCCGGAUCUCUGAGCCCCAAGAUCAAAAGCAAACAUGUGAAAAAAAAGGGUUUGGUUAGCACAGCCCACAAUGCCCUGGUGUCCGAGCUCAAGCUGAGGCUCGAAAAGAGAAACACGGGUCACCCUCAAAUUUAG